AUGGCUCCUGGGCUUCUUUGCACCCUCCUUGCACUUGUGCUAUGGGACGCUCACUAUGAGUUUGCUUCUGCUGCACCUGUCGUGUCGGGUACGGCCUACGGUUUUGCCACAGGGACGACAGGAGGUGGCGAUGCGAAACCCGUCUACCCGAAAACCACCAAGGAAUUGGAAACUUACCUUGGCGACGCCGAGCCGCGGGUUAUCGUGCUAAACAAGGAGUUCACGUUCCUGAAAGCCGAGGGGUCGACUACGGAGCAAGGCUGUCGUCCGCCGAGUAAAGACCAGUGCCUCGCCAAGAAGAACGGUUUUGAAGCGCAAGAUUAUAUUUGUGUUAACGUCAUCUCACCCUCAAAGGAGAAAGGUGGUUGCGGUGUCGACGACACUCCGACUCAGGUGACCUACGACAAGGCAGCCAUUACGCCAUUGAUGGUAGCGAGUGACAAGACACUGGUCGGCGAGGGUCUGAAAGGAGUGGUGAACGGGAAAAGUUUCCACAUCUUCGGUAGUAAUGUGAUUGUGCAGAACAUCCACAUCACAAACUUGAACCCUCAUCUAGUGUGGGGCGGGGAUGCCAUCACCAUCCGGGCUAAGAACGGCGACGCGCCAAAGGGUAUCUGGAUCGACCACAUUAAAGUGUCCAACGUCGGGCGGCAAAUGCUGGUCACCGGCCAUUCCGGUGGGACGGGUAUCACGGUCAGUAAUUCGGACUUUGACGGCCGCUCGAAGUUCUCAGCUUCUUGUGACGGUCACCACUACUGGACCAUAUUGCUAUAUGGCAAAAAGACUGAGUUGAGCCUGCUUGGCAACUACAUCAAUCACACUUCAGGUCGGUCGCCUAGAGUUGGAGGCGGCAACGGCGAAACGACUGUUCUUCACGCCGCCAACAACUUCUUCAACUCGAAUUCUGGCCACGCGUUCGAUGUGACGCAGGGAGGAUACGUUCUGGCUGAAGGCAACUACUUUUCUAAGGUCAAGAUACCAGCGACAGAAGAGUCUAAACACCUGUUUGUGCCGACUGCAGCUAACGACUGCAAGGCAGUCAUCGGUCGUGCCUGCUCGAUGAACGUUCUCAAAGAUUCUGGACCUUUGAAGGGAUGCUCCGGAGGUGAGGUGAGCUCUCAGUUUGCUAGUCUUAAGAAGUACAUCACUAGUUACAAGGCAGGCCCUGCUACUUCAUUCAAGGAGGCUAGCGGGAACUUUGGUGUCGGUGAACUGGGAGACGCAGUUGCUCAACCGGGUGCCCCGAAAAAGAGUGGUGUCCCCGUAUCUAGCUCAGAUGCGUCUGAGGGUGGAGAAGAUGUGGAGAACAGCGUGACGCAAAACGACAUCUUGACGGGCUCCUCGUCAUCCGACAAGUCUGUAUCGCAUAAUCCUUCGGCAGGUGGUCCCAGCACACCCGGUUCGGACAAUACCGAGGCGCCAGUCUCAGAGGAAAAGACUGGUGGGCAGGCGGACAAAAACGCCGAUGACGACUCCGAGGAAAGUGACAAAGAGGGCAGCGAUGGCUCCAGCCAUCUGCGCAAAAACGAAGGUGAUGCUAACUCUUGGCAGCCGGACAAGAAAGCCGAUGAAGAUUGGAAGAAAAGCGGCAAGGAAGGCGGAGAAGAUGUGGAGAACAGCGUGACGCAAGACGACAUCUUGACAGGCUCCUCGUCAUCCGACAAGUCUGUAUCGCAUAAUCCUUCGGCAGGUGGUCCCAGCACACCCGGUUCGGAUGCAUCGAAGUCAAUGGACAAUACCGAGGCGCCAGUCUCAGAGGACAAGACUGGUGGGCAGGCGGACAAAACCAUUGACUUCUCCCCAGGAACUGUGGCACCGGAUCAUCAAUCUCCAGCGGACGCCAAGAAGCCUGUCAAUGGACAGGACGAGCACCACGGUAAUUCUCAGUCGAAGGAUGAAUCUCACGAAGACAAAUCCAAGUCAAAGGACCACGAAAAAGGCGGUGCCGAUCUUCCUAGCUCAGACGCCUCAGAGGGUGGAGAAGAUAUGGAGAAUAGCGUGACGCAAGACGACAUCUUGACAGGCUCCUCGUCAUCCGACAAGUCUGUAUCGCAUAAUCCUUCGGCAGGUGGUCCCAGCACACCCGGUUCGGACAAUACCGAGGCGCCAGUCUCAGAGGAAAAGACUGGUGGGCAGGCGGACAAAAACGCCGAUGACGACUCCGAGGAAAGUGACAAAGAGGGCAGCGAUGGCUCCAGCCAUCUGCGCAAAAACGAAGGUGAUGCUAACGCUUGGCAACCGGACAAGAAAGCCGAUGAAGAUUGGAAGAAAAGCGGCAAGGAAGGCGGAGAAGAUGUGGAGAACAGCGUGACGCAAGACGACAUCUUGACAGGCUCCUCGUCAUCCGACAAGUCUGUAUCGCAUAAUCCUUCGGCAGGUGGUCCCAGCACACCCGGUUCGGAUGCAUCGAAGUCAAUGGACAAUUCCAAGGCGCCAGUCGCAGAGGAAAAGACUGGUGGGCAGGCUGACAAAAACGCCGAUGACGACUCCGAGGAAAGUGACAAAGAGGGCAGCGAUGGCUCCAGCCAUCUGCGCAAAAACGAAGGUGAUGCUAACUCUUGGCAGCCGGACAAGAAAGCCGAUGACGAUCCAAAGGAGAGUGGCAAGGAAGGUGGCGGCGGCUCUAACAACAUACAAGAAAGCAGAGGUGAUUCGAAUGGUUGGCAGGCGAACACCAAUGGCAAUUCCUACUGGCAGGGGAGCGGCAAGGAAGGGGGUUCCUCUGCUCGGCAGGCCAACUCAGUCGCCGAUUCUUACUGGAAGGCGUUUGGCAACGACGGUGGCGCUAAUUCUAGCACCUAG